GAGUCAUCAUGUACAACUUAUUAUCUUACUCCUAUAAGUUCAUGUUACCUAAGUCAGAGCUCACAAUCCCUGCGCGCUAUUUUCACUCUUAAAUCUCCUCUUCAAUUUGAACUUGUGGAGAAGAAAUGGCAGUUGGUAUUGUCCCAACAAGUGAAAUUUCUGUAAAUUACAAUGGCAGGAUUACAUGGUUUGUGGUGUUAUCAUCCAUGGUUGCUGCAACUGGAGGAAUUAUCUUUGGCUAUGAUAUCGGAAUUUCAGGUGGAGUGAUCUCUAUGGCACCGUUUCUGAAGAAAUUCUUCCCAGAAGUGUUCACUAAGAUGACACAAACCACCAAAAUAAGCAACUACUGUAAAUUCGACAGCCAACUGCUGACCGCUUUUACCUCAUCCCUGUACAUUGCUGGCCUUAUUGCCUCCUUCUUUGCUUCACCAGUAACUCGGACAUUUGGCCGUAGACCAUCAAUUAUUGUUGGUGGAGUAGCAUUUCUCAUCGGUUCUGCCCUUGGAGGCGCAGCAUCCAAUAUCUACAUGUUAUUACUUGGUCGAAUCAUGCUAGGUGUAGGAGUUGGUUUUGCAAAUCAGUCGGUCCCAUUAUACCUCUCAGAAAUGGCACCUGCCAAGUACAGGGGAUCUUUCAAUAUCGCUUUCCAAUUAUGCGUAGGGAUAGGAGUUCUAUCAGCUAGCCUUCUUAACUAUGGCGUUGAAAAGAUUAAAGCUGGUUGGGGAUGGAGAAUUUCCUUGGCGAUGGCUGCAGCUCCUGCUAUAUUUCUAACAGUAGGAGCUUUUUAUCUCCCAGAAACUGCAAACAGUCUAAUUCAACAUGGCAAUGAUCAUGAAAAAGCUAAGAAGAUCUUACAACGCGUACGCGGUACAUUUGAUGUCCAAGCAGAACUAGACGAUCUCAUCAAAGCAAGUGACAACUCAAAAGCUGUCAAGCACCCUUUCAAACAAAUCAUUAAACGGAAAUACAGGCCACAACUUGUUAUGUCUAUAUCUAUACCAUUCUUCCAACAGGUGACGGGAAUCAACGUGAUCUCCUUCUACGCUCCAAUUCUCUUCCAAACAAUAGGCCUUGGUGCGAGUGCAUCACUGAUGUCCGCUGUUGUGACAGGGUUGGUAGGCACCAGCGCGACGCUCUUAGCAUUGUUGAUAGUUGACAAGGUCGGACGAAGAGCUAUGUUCAGUUUUGGGGGAAUACAAAUGCUUGUUUCACAAUUGUUGAUAGGGGUAAUAAUGGCAGUUAAGUUAGGAGAUCAAGGGGUUUUGAGCAAGGGGUAUGGGCUAUUAGUUUUGGUCUUGAUAUGUAUUUAUGUUGCAGGUUUUAGUUUGUCUUGGGGUCCAUUAGGAUGGUUAGUUCCAAGUGAAAUAUUUCCAUUAGAAAUAAGAUCAGCAGCACAAAGCAUAACAGUGGCUGUGGGCUUAAUCUUCACUUUCAUAAUUGCUCAGACUUUCUUGGCUAUGCUCUGCCAUCUCAAAUCUGGGAUUUUCUUCUUCUUUGGAGCAUGGGUUGUAAUUAUGACAGGUUUUGUCUACUUUUUUUUACCAGAGACAAGGAACUUGCCAAUUGAAAGUAUGGAAAAAAUCUGGAGGGACCAUUGGUUUUGGAAGAGAUUUGUUUGUGAUGAACAAGACUAUGACAAGGGUGAGACUUAAGUUAUACUGCCACUAAUCUGCUUUUCAAGCAAUUUCAAUAUAAUAUGUACAAGUUUAACAUACUUCCUGUUGGAUAUGAAGUAAGUUUAGGUUUCUAAUUUGAAAAAGAUUACAGUUCAAUACUCCUGCAUCGAGAGGAAUUAUACCUUUUAAUUCUGCCAAUGUACUCAGUAGUAGUGCACCUAUUAGCUUCCCAUUCAUGAAAAAUGUGUAAUGUGAUAUUUAUGCAAAACUCAAUGCUUCUUUUUAUUUCC